ACCUCAAUACAUUUUCUACCAAAAUGCAUAGAACUUAUUCCUUAAGAUCCCAAAAGGCACCCACCGCUUCUCAAUUGCAAAGCCCCCCACCUCCAACUUCGUCUACCAAGUCUCUGUUCUUCGGUAAGGGAGGUAUUGCUUCCCACUUCAGAAAAACAGUGGCUGGAAACACUGGACCUGAAUUAUCUAGAAAAUUGAGUCAAUACAUUAAAAUGGAAAAGAACGUCAUGAGAGCCUUGGAAUUGACCGCCAGAGAAAGAAGAGACGUGGCCAAGCAAUUGAGUGCUUGGGGUGAAGAAAAUGACGAUGAUGUUUCUGACGUGACUGACAAGUUGGGAGUUUUAAUCUACGAGAUUGGUGAAUUGGAGGACCAAUACAUCGACAAGUAUGAUCAAUACAGACUCACCUUGAAGACCAUCAGAAACAUUGAAUCAUCGGUGCAACCUUCUAGAGACAGAAAACAAAAAAUCACCGAUGAAAUUGCUCAUUUGAAAUACAAGGACCCUCAGAGCCCAAAGAUUCCAGUUUUGGAACAAGAAUUGGUCAGAGCCGAAGCCGAGUCUUUGGUGGCCGAAGCUCAAUUGUCUAACAUCACCAGAGAACAAUUGAAGGCUGCUUACAACUACCAAUUCGAUGCUACUAGAGAAUUAGCUGAAAAGUACGCUUUGAUUGCUGGAUACGGUAAGGCCUUAUUGGAAUUGUUGGACGAUUCUGCCGUCACCCCUGGUGAAACCAGAGCUGCUUAUGACGGUUAUGAAGCUUCCAAACAAAUCAUCAUUGAUGCAGAAAAUGCCUUGGCUUCUUGGACUUUGGAUGCUGCUGCUGUCAAGCCAACGUUGUCCUUACACCAGUCUGAAUACGAUGAACCAGAACAAGAUCAACUUGACGAAGCUGAAGAAGAAUUUGCCAAGCAUGACGAAAACGGCACUGCCAUUUAAGGAUAACUGUUUCAAAAGUAGUAUAGUAGUAUAGUAUCGAUUUGUAUUAGGGAAUUGUAAUAUUAUUAACCUCACC